AUGGGCUUCUUUUCUCGAAAGGACAAGCCCCCCAAGGGCAGCUCGUCUAUCCUAGCCUCUCAAUCAACAACCAGCGUUGCCUCUGGAAAUCCACGAGCCAUCGGAAACCGCACCUCAGCCGGAAGUUUCACAUCAGCCGGCACGCCACUAUCGCCAAUGUCGCCAAUCAAACUGCCCAAAGUCGAUCUCCCUCGCCCUCCAGAUCCCCAGUUGGACCCCGUCGGAUACCUCCGGAGCUUGGGCGCUGUGAGAGAGAGAAGCCAGAUCAUUAUGGACAAGGCGACGCGCAACGAACUUCACCAUUUUGAUGUUGACCUUGACAAGUUGCCCAACGUUGUUACCUUUGUUUCUGGUCUUAUCAAGCGAGACUACGAAGCGCCCUUUAACAACAUACCUGGACACGGACGAUAUCAGCAUUUUUGCGUCGGGGGUCGUGAUCGUGUAAAGGAGUUGCUCGAUUCCUGGCCCGAGUCCGUUGACAGCACCGAGCGUUGUCGUCGACUGCUUGACCUGUUCUUGGUCAGUGUACUGUUGGAUGCCGGUGCUGGUACUCAGUGGAGCUAUAAGAGCACGGAGAAUGGAAAGAUAUAUCGACGAUCCGAGGGGCUGGCUGUCGCCAGUUUGGAAAUGUUCAAGGAGGGUCUCUUCUCUGGAAACGCAAGCAACAAAUUCCAAGUCGACAAAGAUGGGCUCAAAAAGUUGAGUGUGGAAAAGCUUGAAGCUGGGCUUCAGUCGCGCCCCGGCAGCGAACUAGCUGGCUUGGAGGGUCGCAGCGAGCUCCUUAUUCGACUUGCCGGUGCUCUCGGAGAUAAAGCUGAGUACUUUGGCUCAGAUGGCAGGCCUGGGAAUAUGAUCGACCACUUGCUCUCACACCCCUCAACACAGGCAUCUUCCAUGUUAAUUGUACCAUUGCCAGUACUAUGGAACGUCCUAAUGAACGGCCUGGCACCUAUCUGGCCCCCGUCGCGAACUGCCCUAAAUGGUGUAUCACUUGGAGAUGCAUGGCCUUGCCAGGCCAUGCCCAACCCUGGUGCCGCAUCUUGGGAAUCCAUCUUGCCGUUCCACAAGCUCACCCAGUGGCUCACGUACUCUCUCAUGCAGCCAAUGCGAUCGCUCCUGAACAUGCACUUCGCUGGCACCGAAUUACUGACCGGUUUGCCCGAGUAUCGCAACGGUGGGCUGUUUGUAGACCUUGGUGUGCUGAAUUUGAAAAAGGAUGACACGGAGCGCGGCCUCCAAAACUACGCCGAUUAUUGUCGCCGGACCGGCCAUAACGGGGUGGAAGUAGCCCCCAUGUUCGAGCCUAGCGACGACGUGGUGGUUGAAUGGCGCGGCGUGACGGUCGGUCUACUUGAUUUGCUUUGCCUGGAAGUCAAUAAGUAUCUCAAAACCGAACUGGCUGGUAAUGAGAUGACUCUGCCCCAGCUCCUAGAAGCGGGCAGUUGGAAGGGGGGUCGCGAAAUCGCCGAGAUCAACCGACCGAAUACCAAGGAACCGCCUAUCCUUAUUGACAGCGAUGGGACCGUGUUCUAA